AAAAAUUAAUUGCUAAGGUAAUAGUAGACUAACUACAAAUUUUUUGCAUGACUGCAUAUGCAUUUGAUAUUGUUACACUAGUACAUGUAGGUAUAAUUGUCAUCUUGUAACAUGUAGUAUGAUGCAUGUAGUUACUAUAGUUGCUGGUAACAGACAGUUGUGGAAUUAAACUGAGACAUUCCUACUCAAUUUUGUGCCAUAAAUAGUCAGUGUACACUAGUUCACUCAUUCAAAAAAUUUAGUAGUUGUAGCUAUGAAGAAGUGUCUUUUUGGUUGCUUUCUUUUUAUUUUUUACUCCUCAUUGGUUGCUCAGGAUCCACAAUCAUGCCUUCUCCCUUCACCAUCAAAUGUAGAUGUAAGGAUGUCACUGGAAACGUUAUUGAUAAUUACCAAUGGGAAUAUUGAAAAUGGAUACAAUGUUUCUAUAAUGGAGUUUAACAUUGUCUGUAAAGCUCAAGGAAGCAUGAAGGAUACUUAUUAUUCUAUUUCUGCCAUAGCUGUGUAUACUCCUUAUCAGGGAGCACCUCAAAAUACCAGUAUAUUUCAAUUGGUUUGUUUUAAUGAUACUUGGUCUCCUUAUGAUGAAGAGUUGCAUGAUCCUCUUGUUCCAAAAAAUGUUUCUAGAUCUGACUGUGCCAUAUGUGCACUUGACUAUGGUGAUGACAGAUGUGGACAGUGCAACAGUAGUUGUAAUGCUGGUUUAAGAAGGUGCACUGGGUUUGGUGCUGAUUCUUGCUGCUUAACAUUUAGUCCUGACGAUGAGUGCAGGACUGAACCAGAUUGUACAUCACUUGGUCUCAAUUAUAUGGCCAGUAUUGAUAAUGGAUUUGUUUGUACUUGCAAUCUAACCUGUCCUUCUGGCUAUACUCUUAAAUCUGAUUGUACUGGCUGUGAUUCCACUAGUAUCUGUGAUAGAGACAAUCCGUGUGAGAAUGGAGGACAGUGUAUACAGUAUUUGCCUCCUGAUAAUUAUACUUGUGAUUGUACUGGCACUGGAUAUGAGGGAGACAACUGUACUGACUUGAAUCUUUUCCUCUCUUUAUAUCUCACGAAUUCAAUUCUCUCUUCAUCUAUUUUUUCCUUUUUCUCUUCCACAUUUGUGGUAUCUUCAGCUCCUACUUCCUCUUUUCCGUCAUUUGUGGUAUCUUCAGCUCCUACUUCCUCUUUUCAAUCUUCAGCUCCUACUUCCUCUUUUCAAUCUUCAGCUCCUACUUCCUCUUUUCAAUCUUCAGCUCCUACUUCCUCUUUUCAAUCUUCAGCUCCUACUUCCUCUUUUCAAUCUUCAGCUCCUACUUCCUCUUUUCAAUCUUCAGCUCCUACUUCCUCUUUUCAAUCUUCAGCUCCUACUUCCUCUUUUCAAUCUUCAGCUCUUACUUCCUCUUUUCAAUCUUCAGCUCCUACUUCCUCUUUUCGAUCUUCAGCUCCUACUUCCUCUUUUUCCUCAUUUGUAGUAUCUUCAACUCCUACUUCCUCUCCUUGUCUAUGUGAUCCUGUUGCUAAUUGUAGCAUGGAAACUAUAGUUAGUAGUGAUCGUGGUACAUUUGAAUGUUGCUUCAUUGGUGAAUUGAUACCAUUCCUUGUUGCAUUUCUACUACCAAUUCUUCUCAUAUUUAUCUUUAAUGUGGUAAUGUACAUCCUCAUCAUUCGUGCCAUUUUCCUUUACACAAUUGACAAGAACAAAAGAAUGGGCAAGCCUGCACUCACCAAAUAUGAAGCAAUCAAAAUGCUGAUAUCUUAUUUUGGUAUCUUGAUACUCUUUGGUCUCACGUGGCUGUUUGCUGUCUUCACGUUCAUUACUGAGCCUAACGUCUCAUUCAUGAUUCAGUUCUUCUUUGCUUUCUUCAAUACAUUCCAAGGCUUCUUUAUAUUUCUCUUCUUUGUCCUAUUAAACAGUGAUGUCAGAAGUAACUAUGUAUCACUAUUCCGCCGCUGGAGAUCAAAGAAACCACCUUCCACUGCAGUAACUACAGCCGCUGCCAAGUACAACCGAACUUCAUCGUUAAAUGAUAAGUUUAAUUUAAUUCCACAUGAACCAUCUCAUGAUGAAAUUAAUCCGCCAAAUUUAUGCAAUGACACAAGCUCUGAUGUGGCUAAUGGCUCUACAAAAGAUGCAAGCUUAAAGGAAGAAGAUAUCAUGCAUGAUGGAGAUAAAGGUUUUAUUGAUGAUGAUGAAUUGAUGAUGUCGGAGUUUGGUAGCAUUCGUUUUCAACGGUAUCUUAGUGUACGAGGCAAACACUACGUAGAGAAAAUUGAAGUCGACUUGUAA